GGCCCCUUCCGUGAGGGGGAGGGAGUCUGAGCCGGGCGCUGGGGGCCCCCCCAGCGGGGCCGCCCUCGGUGCUGGCGAGGAGUCUGGAAGGAAUCCGCGUUAUCGCUCGGUUAACGCACGUUAAGCGGAGCACAGGCGCUAGACGAUGAGCCACGGCCACCGACCGGCCACAGAGGAAGUGAAGGAGGGACGUCCGCACUCACCGGUGCCGGGGGAAGUGCCAGGACACGGGGAGACCGUUGACCACAAGGCUUCCGGGAGUCAGCUGCUAAGAGAGACGUGGCAGGCUCAGGGGCCUUUGUGGGCGCGGAGGAAAGGACGCACGGAGGAGUGCCCCCAGCUCCACGCGGCGCAAAAGCGGACCCCACGGAUGGUCUCCGGUGACCAGGGGCGUCCCCGGAGCCGGACAGGUGGGGCCGAUGGGAAUUCGGUGCAGGCCACUGCCGGGGCCCCUGUGGGCCGUGGGUGCCUGACGGUGGGACACCGUUUGCCGAGGUGGCCCAGCUGCCCGGGGUGGAGGGCGUUGUCCCGGCCACCGUGCCAUCGGCCCGGCUGCGCCCACUCUGCUCCAUCACCAAGCAGGUGUACCGUGUGCCCUUCAGGAACCCGCUGCCGCCCCUGGGGCCUCUUCCACGGCCAGCGGGGGAGGGGGUCCAGCCGGAAGGGGCCCAGUUCACAGAUGGCCCUAUGUGGUCUCAGACUGUGCCAGAGUCAGCGAGGGUCCCCACCUGUUGCCUGCUCCCCAGAGCUCCACGGGGCCUGUUACCCGUCCACGGACCCAGCGCCCUGUCUCGGGUCUGCUCCCGCCAUGGCCCGCACGGCCCCCAGGGUCUGCGGGCCCCUAAAAGCCUCCAGCAACACCACACGAGAUCCUCGAAAGCCCAUUUAAAGCUCAUGGUAAUUACUUCCAGGGGGUUUAUAGCCCCAGAGAGUCUCGUAGCCACGCCCCGCCGUCCAGGAAGGCGAUAUUUCAUCAUCAAGGACGCGACCCUGGGUAUUUACAGACGGUAAUGAGACUGUCCACUGCUCGAUGUUGCCAUAAAUAAGCAGGAAAGUGCUGAGUUUCACGCAAUUCUCCCUGAUUGCCUGGAAGGCGUCAUUAUUUUAAUAAAAAAACUAAUCAGCCAGCCUCCCCAGAUCUCAGGCUCGGUGUUAAUUACAGAGGGGCUGGCGGGCGGGAGCAGCGCCUCGAUGUCACGGGGGUGGGGGCUCUCUCGUGUUGAAAGGAGGGAAUUCAAAGAAAGAGGAAGAGUGUGCUCGCCUUCAAAGUAGCGGUGACGAUGCAGGAUGUCCUUGUGACCCCCGGCACGGACACCAUUACCCCCACAGGGGGUUCAAGGCAGCCACACGCCUUUCUCCACGCCAUGGUCCCCCGGGGUAGCCGGAGAGGGCCCCGCGGAGCCGUGUGGCCAAUUCCACGGGAGCAAAGUGCCCGGCUGGGCUCCUCAGAAAGUGCAGGGAGGCGGGGAGACUUGGUUGUCAGGCUUCCUUCCCUUUUUCACUCCCCUCUGUGCUCUGCCCUGCUCUUCCCCCUGCU